AUGCCCCCGGCAGCCUCUGACGACUUGUUCCGCCAGCAGAGCCUGUCCCCAGGCGAUAGUAGCCCUCUCCAGGAUCAGAAUCGAACCGCCCCAGAGCAUGAUACCGGAACAAAGAGCAAGAAAAAGGGGAAAAACGGGACCAAAAACAAAAAGGCAGCUGCCGCAAAGCCACCGUCUGAGGAUCUGAUUGCAACGUCUCCACCUCUGCCGGUUGAACCGUCGUCUUGCCCGAACCCUUCGCUGGGGUACCAUGCCGAUGGCAAUAUCGCGUCACCGGUGCUAGAUGCACUCGGGUCUCUUGCUGAAACGCCAGAUAAUGAUAUUGCCUACCGCACGGACACUUGGGCUAAGUCGAUUCCAUUUGGAAAGAGUCCGCCAAAUGAUGUGCUCGACGGAGAACUUGCCGGUGGAUCUCCUCUUAGCUUUCCUACAAACGCGGAGAAGGUUGGGGGUUUCAGCAAUCCCUCAUCGACAUCACCUCCCCCCAGAAGAAGACCUUUGAGCUACGGAAAUGGCUACUUGGGCAGCAACCUGUCAAGACAGCAAUCGAAAGAUAGACACAAAAGCAAUUCCGUCAGCAGCCCGUUCAGUAACCAGGCUCCAUUACCUCACAUGCCCCAAGCUCAUUUCUACGGGGCCCCAGAUAUUGAUAUCCCACCGUUCUCCGGUCAGAACCGGUCAUCUACCGAAGGGAGCUAUUCUUUCUAUGCCUUCGAUACGAUUUCCAGCCCGUCAUCCAAGACAUCCAGGAUGGGCGGAAGCGUGUUAAUAUCCGGGACCGAUGGCGGCUUGGAGGUCCUGGCCAUAGAGGAACGCAAGACCCGUCUGAUUGGGAAGCUGGUUGGUCUUAAUGGCCGUGUCAUCGGGGCAAAGCUGCUGGCUUGCAGCUCACCCAACGAUCCAUUUGCGUCAUCUAGGCCGCAUGUUGCUGUGAUAGUACAUGGGCCCUCUCCUCAGAGCGAUGAUGAGGGGCAUGCAUCUUCUACUGGCUCGGAGAUAAAUGAAGCUGCAUCAGUCGCUACCGGACGACAGGCAUCCGCUGAGAAGCGUUCUAAUAAAGAUGAUGCCAAAUUUUACCAAACAAGAGUUGAGGUAUACUCUCUCAGAACUGGAGAUCAUAUCACGACACUUUUUACCACAAAGCCUACCCCCUGCUUUGAGAACAUUCCUGGAAUGCCUGUCUUCGCACCCUCGCCCGCUGGAAACUUGAAGCUUUAUGUAAGCGGUAACUAUGUUGUUCUGGCCUCUGGUGUCAGUGGCGAGGUGUUUAUAUAUGGCGUUGACCCGGCCACGAAUGGAUAUCAAUGCUUGGGAAAGACCUGGACAAGCGUUCAGGUAAAGGAAGCCCGUCGAUACUCGACAUCUUCAAGCUCAACCGAUCCAGACGGCUCUCGAACAGAUUCUCCCCAUAACUCUACGAGUUCGGAAAUUCCCAUUCUUUCUCUGCGAGGAAGAUGGCUCGCGGUAGUUCCCCCGUCAUCGUCUUAUAGAACAUCUAUCCACGGAGCUGUUCCUGCAUCGCUUGUCCAAGGAAAGGUUUUUGGACUGGAGACGCGAAACCCUCCAGUGAAGCCCCCAGUUACCUGUGCUACGGAUAUAGGUGAGGGGGAGAGCUUCUUCGACAAAGUGGCCCGAGGCGUCACACAAGAGCUCGUGAAAGGCGCUCGUUGGAUGGGAGACCAAGGCCUUCAAGCCUGGAACAAUUACUGGAACAAGGAUCAGCAACAGAAUAAUGGAACACGACGCUCUUCCACCUUAAUGGACCCCCCACAGCAGGGCUACAACAUGUUUCCUCCAACACACGCCCAGGAUACCCAGGCAGCUUCCCCAGCUGAGCCAGACCUUGUGUCAAUCAUGGACCUGAGACGGCUCGAGGAAGGGGGAGAGACUAAAAAUGCGCUGUUCAACCCAGUUGCUACAUUCCAAGUGCCAAACGGCUGUAGCUUUCUGUCAUUCUCACCAAAUGGCCUAAUGCUACUUACAGCAAGCAAGAAGGGAGACGUGCAGUACGUUUGGGAUCUUAUGCAAGCCAAGUAUUGCCGUGCAGCGGCUUUUCUCUCGGAUGACUCGACUACACCGAGUGCCAGUGUCCGGCAGGUUGCAAGAUACGCACGGUUAACUGCAUCUACCAUUGUUGAUGUGAUCUGGACGGUCCCUGCUGGCGAUCGUUUGGCCAUAAUCACACGUAAAGGCACCGUGCACGUUUUCGACAUGCCCCGAAGUGCAUUCCAAUGGCCUCCUUUCCGUCGAGCACGUCCUGCUCCUAGCAAAACGCAGAGCAAUGACUCGCCUCCAGAUGAUGUGCCUGACAGAGCGAAUGGAGCAAAUCCUUUGUCAGCAGCUAUGAAGCUUGUUGGAGGCAAGACACAGCCUAUAUUCUCUGCUGUCAGGGGUCGCACUCCAUCCGCCGGUCCUGCAUUUUCCGCUGCAGCUGGAUUUGGAAUAUCGUCUGCUGCUGGCGUGAGGGGUGGAAAGGUAGUCGCUGCUGGCCUCAGCAAAUCAAUGGGAGCGGCUACUGGCACAGUAAACACACUCCGUCACGUUGGCGAAAACCGCCUACAUCUUUCUGGUCUCGCUCGUGAUCCAUCAGCCUCUCGUGUAACUUGGAUGUCCAACAAAGGGCAGCCAUUCUUGGGUGUAGUGGACAAUGGGUCUUUUAGAUUGUACAGGAUCAGACGUACUGUGUCUACGAACAAGAACCGCUCGCCCCAAUCAGUCAUUGGAAGCAAGGAGAUUGAAUAUAGAUUGCCGGCAAAUCUACAGACUCCCUGUGGACCGAUGCCCGUUGGCACUUCGAACCCAGAGCUGACGAUAAGUGCAACCCUGGCUCUGCCAUCUUCGAAUCCACAGCCGUCACUUGCCUCGAAGGUCAAGUGCCAGCCGCUCUCCCAGGCGGAGAUCGAAACAAACGCACCGUAUCAACCAUUUCACACUGAUCAGAGAGUAAAUUUGUAUAUCUUCUCAGCAGGAAGCGAGGCUAGUGACUCGAUGACGACCUCUCCUACCAGCCAAUGGGUCUUUGGUGAUGACAUCUCGAUGUCGAAGCUGCAUGUGCGACCCUUUAGCGCUAGUGGAGAUGACGAUGAUGAUAACGAUACUGUUCACGAACAAAAUCCUGGGCUUGUGGGGGAAAUGGAAAACCUCAUCAGUCUCAGCAACAGCACCGGAAAUGCCGAAGAGGUGGUCAUUACCACGCGGAGGAAGAAGAGGCAUUCUUCUUCGUUUCCUUCCAACACCUCAGGUGAAGUUGAUGACGGCUUCUUCGAAGAUGAUUGUGAGGUGCUGGACUUUGCCCGCGACAGGGUUUGA